GGGGACUCAAAAAAGCUGGUUUGCCCACUAGACCCACCAGGACAUGGGUCCGCGACGUGUGAACCGCUAAUUGGUCCACGUGGCAUCCUCCCUGUUCACCUUUGGAAAGAGCAGGUUGGCCGUUUCCUCUCGGUCCACAAUCCCUACAAAAUAGCAUCGGUGGCUUUUGUCUUGGUGCCUUUUUGGAGAGAGACAAGAUUGUGGGGGGUGUGGUCUCUAAUCCAAUUCAAGUCCUUGCAUUUCUCCCCUCUCUCUCUCUAUCUCUCUUGCUUGUAAGAACAAAUAACAUUUUGUUUGGAGGGUGAGAAAGAUAAUAAUUGAAAAUCCGUGAGAGCUCCUACCAGAAAGUGGAAACACUCUGUUUCUGAAUUGGGCAAAUCUUGGAUACUUGAUAUAUUCACACACACACACACACACACGUAUAUUCAAGAAAGGUAAGACAGUUAAUAAGGACGUCGUGUAGAUUACCUGCGUCUGAAAUCCCCCUUUUUUUUCUCUUUUUCAUAGAGAGAUUUCUGAUGGGUUGAUUCAUGUUGGUAUAAGUAAUAGAGAGAACAACUUUUGAUAAGGUAGUUAGGUGCUGUCUAUUAUUACUAUAAAAAAAUAAAGAAUUGUUGUUGUCUUUCUAUAUAUAAAGGGUUUGAGUUGUUUGGGAAUGCUAGUGAGAGCAAAAUGGAUUUCUGGCCAGAGUUUCUUGCUAGCAGUUGGGGAAAAGAAUUUGUGGCUGGUGGGUUCGGCGGCAUGGCCGGAGUCAUGGCCGGCUAUCCGCUUGAUACACUCAGAAUCCGGCAGCAAUCGUCGAGCAGCGGUUCCGCCUGCAGCAUCCUUCGCAACGUGGUUGCUAGUGAGGGACCCCUUGCCCUCUUCAGGGGCAUGGGUGCACCCCUAGCCUCUGUUACCUUUCAGAAUGCCAUGGUUUUCCAGAUUUAUGCUGUCCUCUCACGGGCGUUUGACUCGACCGUUCCUGCUACGGACCCUCCAUCCUACAAAGGGGUUGCUCUAGGAGGAUUUGGAGCAGGGGCUAUACAGAGCCUAAUACUCAGCCCUAUUGAACUGGUGAAAAUCCGCCUCCAACUACAGAGCAAAAACCAUAGGAGGCCCCAAGAAGCAGACUGUCAUAGAGGUCCGGUAAGUGUUGCCAGAAGCAUAGUUAGGACAGAAGGUUUGAGGGGAAUUUUCCGAGGUUUAACUAUCACCAUGCUCAGAGAUGCACCCGCCCAUGGCUUGUAUUUCUGGUCAUACGAGCGUAUGAGAGAGAAAUUUCACCCAGGCUGCCGAAAAACUGGCCAAGAGAGCGUUGAUACAAUGCUUAUUGCAGGUGGUCUUGCAGGAGUCGCCAGUUGGGUUUGCUGCUAUCCUCUGGAUGUAGUUAAAACCAGACUUCAAGCUCAGUCAGAAUCUUCCCCAUCAAAAUACACAGGAAUUGUUGAUUGCUUUCACAGGAGUGUAAAAACGGAGGGAUACAGUGUGCUAUGGCGUGGAUUAGGAACUGCAGUUGCCAGGGCUUUCGUAGUGAAUGGAGCCAUCUUUACUGCUUAUGAAACAGCUUUGAGGUUCUUGUAUAACAAUAAGAAUCAUGAAAGCAUUCAAGCAGACAAUAGAAUUUAGAAGAGAUUGAUCCCCUACCCAUAGAAGAUUCUAUUUUACACAGCAAAUGAAAAAGCUCCACAGUGGUAGUUCCAGAGCAAAAAUCACAGGAACAUUCAGAAAGAACGGCCUAUGAUCCCAGUAUUUUGUAAUUUAUGCAUCCAAGAGACAUUUACGCAGUUGAGAACAGAAUCAAGAAGGAAGCAAUGGAAGGCAAGGUGUCGUGGGACUGAUUAAAGCAGAAUUGGUGUACCUAUUAAGUUUUUAGGACACAAUUGAUUGAAUCGACAAACUGGCAACAUAAAAAAAAUUAGCUUUGUCAUGCCUAGUCUUUAAUUAUAUCAAAGAAAAUCAAUUGAGUGAAUGACUAAUGAAUGCUUUGGAAUU